UCCACCACAAGUUUUCAGUGAAUCAAACCCAUUUUUCACUAUUUAUAAACCCUUUAAACCCAUCUGUGUUCAUCUUAAAUUUCAAGAUCGAUCUUCCUUGUUUCUUACAACAAAGAAAAAAAAAAAGACCAGAGCAAGCAAUUUUUCAGUGCUUAAAAACCCUUUAAAUUCAUCUGGUUCGAGUCCUCUGUUUCAACAACAAAAAAACAGAGCUACCCUGUUUUCGGUAGUGAACCACAGAAAAUCCAUCUGGGUCCGUCUGAAAUUUGAAGAUCAAUCUUCUUUUUAUUCAACAGGAAAAAAAAAAAAAAAAAAACAAAAACAGAGUAACCCAAACAAAAAAAUGCCAAUGAACUCGAACCUCCUGGACCUGCAAUACAGUGUCUUAAAGAAAAAGUUCCUCCGGGAACCCUCCCGUCUGUUCUCCUUCAAGAACCGACAGAGCUCAGGACUCCGGCAGGCGUUGCAGCCGAGCAUGGAGGAGAUAAAGCAGAUCUUCAAAUGGUUCGACACUAACAGAGAUGGGAGGAUCUCAAAGCAUGAAUACAGGGGAAUUCUGGAGGCACUGGGGAGAGGGAGCUCCAUGGAAGAGGUGCAGAAGAUUUUCAAGGCAGUGGACACUGACGGCGAUGGUUACAUAAACUUGAACGAGUUUAUGGAGGUUCUCCGGAGCGGAGUUCAGACUCGAGAGGUGGAAUCUGCUUUCAAGACGUUUGAUGUGAAUGGGGAUCAGAAGAUUAGUGCCGAGGAAGUGAUGAGAGUGUUGAAGGGAUUAGGGGAAAAGUGUAGCAUUGAGGAUUGCCGGCGGAUGGUGAGGGCGGUGGACAGGAACGGCGACGGCAUGGUGGAUAUGGAUGAGUUUAUGACAAUGAUGACUCGGUCUGCAAAGUAUGUUUAGAGGAUGAGAGUUUCAACUUUUAAGGUUCUUUAAUGGCGUUUGAUUGUUAAAAAGUGUUAGUAUAUUGUAAAGGCUUUGUAUAAA